GAGGGCUGACUGGAAAGAGGAUAAACUUGCAGUGACUGACUCCCGACAAAUCAUCGGUGUCACUUGCUGACUGUGCGUCCAGCUAGCGAUGGACAUUGGCUACAGACUGGUAGGCCUCAAUCACCCUCAAUCGUCGCGAAUGGUCACGUGCUGACUAAAUACUGAGACGUACCCGUAUCGGAGACCUCUAUGUUGCGGCGUUAGCCGUCUCUGUAGGAAGCGGGCUCUAUAGCAAAAACUAUUUUGUCUACAGAAAUUAGCUAUUGUGGAGCAUAUUUCUACCAGCCAUGGCAACCACGUAAGCUCAGUUACGAACCAAUUUCAGCGUGCCUUUAAGCAAGAGAGCCUAAAAACGUAAAAUUUAGGUGAGAACGAACUUAUGGGACACCCUGUAGUCUUUCCUUAGAUUAACGGAAAUUUCUGAGUAUGAGCGGCCGGCCGGCCGGCCGGCCGGCCGUGCGGACGCUUUUGCGAGGCUUAUAUCUCAGCAACCACUUGACCGAUUUACACGGGGUAAUUUUUGUAGGGUAGCUUCAUUCCUUCUACCAAGUAUUGGACUAUUCCCGAUGCAUGUGGGUGACCCCUUAUGCACGUGCCACGUGCAAAACGAAGAGGUGUCAGUUUUAUAAUUGUUGCAAUAUCUCGGUAACUACUUGGCCGAUUGCGCUGAAAGUUGGCAUGUAGGUAGGCAUCCACUAGGCACUGCAUAUCCAUGUGCCAGAGUUGGGGUGCUGCUGCACGUGCGCACGUGCAGGGGUCGUUUCCAGAUCUCGAGAACGGCUGGACCGAUGGCGCUCAAAUUUGGUACACGGUUAGGGACCAGUUAGUAGGGUGCCGUGCACAAGUCAGUUGGGACCCAUUCUGCACGUGCGCACGUGCAGGGUGCCGCUUCCAGAUCUCGAGAACGGCUGGGCCGAUUGGGCUCAAAUUUGGCACAUCGCUAGAGACCGGUUAGUAGGGUGCCGUGCACAAGUCAGUUGGAGGUACCCCCUCGAAAUUUCGCACGUGCAAGGCUCACCCUCUCGCGCGCUCCGUUAAUCGCCCCAAAAGGCGCUAUACUGGUAUAUGUUAUCACAUGAUACCUUUCAUUCACUGUUCGUAAAACUGGUGCAGCAUCGUGAUCUUCGCCCAAAUGACUCGCUUCACGAAUAGGACCCCCAAUUCCCAGUGCUCUGGAGCCGCCCCUGGUAAAGUUAUGAACUUGAAAUUUUCAGGGAAUGUGCCCAAUUUAGUUUUAGGAAAAGUCAGAAAAUUUCAGCAUCGUAGCUUCAGCGGUUUCGGAGAUAUUCCCGAAAAACCUGAGGGGUGGAUAAAAACAACCCCCCCUGCCACUAAUAGGGUUAAAUUGUCUAAGAUAAUGCGAUGCCCGGUCGCCCGGCGCGGCCCGGCCCGCGGCUCGGAGCGCCGCGCGCCACGCUGCCGCCGACCGGGCACUCCAUGGCACCGCUCGCCGACGAAACACUGCACAUCGAUACCGACGAGGAUCGGCGGCGGCGGCGGCGCGCGCGCGUGGCGGCGACGGUCGGCGGGCGCCGCAGACGGACGGCCAGUCGCUGCCGGUGGGUCCGCUGACCGGGGAGCGAGGCGUGAUCAUGCUGUGCUGACGGAGAACCCACGCUGCCACCGCUGCCGCUCAGCAGAUCGGAGCCCAGGAAAAUAACUGAUGAACGACAAGCGGCAACUCUGCUCUGACGAAGACGCCAGACAUGCUUCACACAGGAACAGUCAAAGUCAGCAUCGGCAAGGCGCCGCCGUGUCCGAUGAAGCUGACGCUCAACAUCGACACCAUCACGCUGCAGAAGGAAGUGGAUGAGGAGACAGACACGGAGGUCGACUCACAGACCCGCGUGGUGGAGCUGCACAAGGGCGGCUACAGCGGGCUGGGUAUCAGCAUCAAGGGCGGCCGGGAGCACCACCUACCCAUCCUCAUUUCGCGGAUGAUGCGGGGCCAGCCGGCCGACCAGUCGGGCCAGCUUUUCAUUGGCGACGCCAUACUCCGAGUGGACGGCGUCUCCCUGCUCAAGGCCAGUCAUGAUGAGGCGGUGAACGUGCUGAAAAACACGGGCCCCGUCGUCAAACUGGUCAUCAAACACUACCAGGUGGCCAACCAGUUCCUCAAACGAAGCAACCUGAACCGGCGGACGUCCGACUCUUCCAUCACCACCUACCUGAAGGCCGAGGACGGCUGGCGCACGCCCACCACCCCAGACAGCAAGUCGCUCAACGGCUUCGAGCUGGACGACAACCUCAACUCGCCAAAGUGGAAAACGGUCGUCCAAAUCCCGCUGCUGAUGGCCUACAUCACGCGCUACGUACCCGGCACGGACAAACUGCGACAGAACGCCUUCGAGGUGCGCAGCAUGGACGGCCUCAGCUCGGGCGUGAUCCACUGCGACGACCUGCUGGCGCUCUCCCAGUGGACCAAGCACGUUACCAACAACAUCAUGGGACUCACCAACCUUCAGAUGAAGCUGUAUAACCGCGACCUGCCGUCGGCCGAGCAUAUCACGUUCAUGGGCUGGGUGUGCGAGGGCUACUUGAACCCGGCGCAGACCGGGCAGGACUGGGUGGUGCGCUUCCUCGCACUGCGCGGCUCAGAACUCUACAUCUUCGACAAACCUCCGCGUGACCAGCAGGACUGGCUCAAGUGUCCGGGUGUCCACUCGGUGUACCAGACCAUGUUCCGAGUCAUACGGGAGUCGGAGAACGUGGACGAAAAGCAGCACUGCUUCCUCAUCCAGACCACGGCCGGAACGUCGCACUACCUGAGCGUGGAGACGCGCCAGGAGCUGAUCCGAAUCGAGUCGUCGUGGCUGCGCUGUGUCCACCAGGCCGUGGCGCGACUGGGGAGUAAGACGUUCCGGGUCAAAUGCGACGGCCACGACUCUGGCCUGACGCUCGACUGGGCGAUGGGCUUCGCGCUGUAUGACAGCGAGACCAAGAUGUUCUGCUGGAAGUACAAGUUCUCCCAGCUGAAGGGCAGCUCGGACGACAACAAGUCGCGACUGCGGCUCGACUUCAUCUCAGCGGACGGCACCGAGCUACACACCAGGGAGCUGGAGUGCGCGGCGCUGCAGCCGCUGCUGUUCUGUAUGCACGCCUUCCUGACGGCUAAGGUGGCCGCCGUGGAUCCGUCGUUCCUGAGGCAUCACACGUGACCCGGCCGCGGCGCCACGGCUGACAGCGGCCUAGGCGAUCCUCGGAGGUUGGAGGGGCGGAUGCUGCCGGGGACACUGGCGGGGUAGGAGCAGCGCCGGUGUCCGGAGGAGCCGGGACCCAGCCCGCCUGGGCGGCACAGCGGCGACGUCGGUCCGCCAGCCGCGGGACCCGCUUCCACCGUCGGCGCGCCGGCCGCGGAGUAUAGCAAUACUCGGUGUUCCGCCGCCAGGGCGGCGCCACUGUCGCAUUGAUCCCUCGCUCCUCGCGCUGGGCCGGCCGACGAUGGACCGCGUCGUCGACUCCGGCGGACAGGCGGCUCGUCGGAGGGCGCAGAGGCGGCGCCCCGUUCCCAUAUACUUGACUUGAUCUCGCUCUGACGCCUGCAGCGACCGAAAUAGCCACGGCACUAUGGCUUGGCAGCUGUUACGAAUAGCCGGUUAGCCGCUCGGCACUGGUUUAGAGUAUUUUACUGGCGACUUUUCGCCACUCUGUUACACGAGGUGCCGGUGCCCGGUUCGUUAUUCCUUUCCCUAGCGCGCAUCCACUUCAUUUGGUGUGAUAAUCAUCGCCUGAGUUUCGCCUUUUGUUGUUAUUGUCAUUCAUAGUUUGAUGUGAUGAAUAUGUGGGAACUGAGAAUUGAAAUGGGGAAUGUCUGAUAAUUGUAUUUAAUAAUAAAUGAUUCAUUACCG